AUGUUGCUUGAGUUUGGUUAUGUGAACCCCAUCAAGUAUAACAGCAUUUAUUCUGGGUUAAAUAUCCUUUUGAGGGAAGGAGGCCCUUCUGCCCUUUGGAGAGGUUGGACUGGGAAGUUUCUUGGAUGUGGUGUUCAAGGUGGCUACAAAUUUGGUCUAUAUGAAUAUUUCAAGAAUCUUUACUCUGAUGUGUUGGUAGAUCAGAACAGGAGCCUGAUCUACUUCAUCAGCAGUGCAUCUGCACAGGUGUUUGCUGAUGUUGCUCUCUGCCCUUUUGAAGGCAUCAAAGUUCGUGUUCAAACACAACCUAAUUUUUCUAAGGGCUUGGGUGAUGGAUUUCCAAAGUUUUAUGCAACUGAAGGCCUAUCUGGCUUUUACAAGGGGCUUGGUCUGCUUUGGGGUCGGAAUCUUCCAUUUUCUAUGAUCAUGUUUUCAACGUUUGAGCAUUCAGUGGACUAUUUAUAUCGUAAAGUCAUUCAAAGAAGGAAAGAAAACUGCUCAAAAGCUCAACAGCUGGGGGUAACAUGUUUAGCUGGCUAUACAGCUGGAGCUGUUGGUACCUUUAUUUCUAAUCCUGCGGACAAUAUUGUUUCAUCUCUUUAUCACAAAAAAGCUGAUAGUGUGGUGCAGGCUGUGAAGAAUAUUGGGCUUGUCAAUUUGUUUACAACAAGUCUACCUAUCAGGAUCACAUUUGUGGGACCAGUUGUAACCUUUUUAGAAGGUUGCUCGAAUAAAAAAAAAUUCAGGACAAGUUUGAAGCGCUUAUCUUAAAACAUACUGCUCCCUCGACCCCAAGACAUUUUGGGAGAGACACUGUUGGGAAGUUGGGCUUCUGUACAGAACAGAAUUCAAUGAAAAGAAGAUACGAGUACAAGAGAAAGAUUCAUUGACAAAUCAAAGGAUAAGAAAGACUUGCUGAACAGAAAGACAUUGCCGAAGCCCUCAAUCUUAAUCGCCCGGUUAUGAUGGUUGGGAAUGGAAGUUGUUCUCUCCCUAGCUUACCGUGCGGGAAGGUUUCCCAUCACAUGGCUCACCAACUUGAUCUUCUGCGGGAACCGUAUGUCCGAACAAGUCUGGAAAAAGAGGUACGGUCUCGCUUUCCUUUGCCACUCAAGUGUACGGCAUCUGCCGUGCUUAGGCCCCUUCUUCCCUUCCCUAAUGAAAGAGUCCGCCGCCUGCCUCCUUUACUAUAAAAAUAGGGGCGUGCAGGCCUGCCCCUAUUUUUAGUAGGUGAUUAAAGUAUUAACUGGAAUGUAAGUUCAUCUCUCUUUCUUGUUUUAGUGAAACAUCUCAUAGACUCAUUCAUUAUUAUUUAUUAAAAAAAAA